AAUGGUCCUUAUGUCAGAAGAGUCGAACAUAGAAACAUAUCAAUGUUUUCUAAUUAAUUUCUUAUUUCUUUAUCAAAUCACUUUUCUAAAUCAAUGUUAUAGUUUUUAAACUCAUAUUUACUAUGUCUAUAAGUAAUUUGUCAUCAGUUUUAAAAUCAUGUUCCGAGAGUGAAUUGAUAAAUGAAGUCACGGAAACGAAUAUGACAUCAAAACAGGUGGAAGGAUCCCGAUUAAAACGUACUUUUACUCUACCUCGCAAUCCAUUUGGUACAACAAAACCUAGUUCCAGUAAAAAUAAAAGCAAUGAUAGUGACAAUAAGCCAUCAAGUGCAAUUCCUGUGGUUGCAACGACGCCAAAAGAUGAGGGUGGGCUAGAAAGGAAGUUGUUUAGAAGGCCAUCAUGGAAGAUAUUUUUAAAUAAAAUCGCCCAGCAUAUGAGUACUGUAAACACGACUGUAGUUAAAUCUGGGCAAGCUGUCGUGAAUACCGAUAGAGUUCCAUGCAGUGGUGAACCACCGUGGCCGCCAGGUACCACCCCAGCAGCUACUGGUAUCAAAAACCAUGGCAAUACAUGCUAUAUGAAUGCAGUUUUGCAAUGCCUUUCCCACACUGAUGUCAUAGCGGAGUAUUUUGUUCUUGAUCUUUACAAAGUGGAUUUGCAAAAAAGAAAUAAAAUCAAUUCAAGAAAAUAUGGGACCAGAGGAGAAGUGACUGAGCAAUUAGCAACAUUGCUUAAAGCAUUGUGGUCAUGUCGCUAUGUACCAGAUAUGAGUAUCGCUUUCAAGGCAGCUGUUGAGAGACAUGGCACUCAGUAUAGAGGAAAUAGUCAACAUGAUGCCCAAGAAUUUCUAUUUUGGUUACUAGAUAAAGUUCACGAAGAUUUAAAUACAGCUACCAAGAAAAAAUAUAAAACUAUAAAAAAUACUGUUGGAAAGUCUGAUGAGGUUGUUGCAGCUGAAACGUUAGCCAAUCAUGCGCGACGUAAUAGUUCCUUUGUACAGGCAGUUUUUCAAGCUCAAUACAGGUCAGCAUUGACAUGUGCAAAGUGUGAACGGACCUCAUGCACAUUUGAUCCGUUUCAUUGUGUCAGCGUACAACUACCUACACGACCAGUCACAGUGCAACCCUCACCUCUGCCUGUUAAUGUUGUGUACGUGAACCAACAACCACGGCAAGUGCGUAUCGGUGUGGAGCUGCCGACGAGUGCAACAAUGGAUGAUUUGAGGAACUCGCUGCAUUCUGAUACUGGCAUAGAUAAGGAUCACAUAAUACUCGCUGAAAUUAAUGAAACUGGUUGGUGCAACGCUCGCAGUGGAUGGGAAGUAGCGGGAAUUGACUUUGGCGCAUUAUACUGUAUGGAGGCCCCACCGUUACUGCAGACUCCGACUACACCAUACCUUCUAAUUCUAUGGGUCAAUUUGUUGGAAGGCGAGCGUUUUGGUUCGCCGUACGCGAUGCAAGUGCCCCGCGAGAUCUCGUAUCAAGACCUACAGAAGCUGAUGCUCAAGGAAAUGUGUCAAGUGGUAGCUGAGAGAGUGCUGGAGACUGCGCAGGGUUCGGAUAUAUUCAAGGCGAGGAUCGCUGAGGCUCACCGUCCUAGAGAUCCAGCUUAUUUGUUGCCUGAGUUGCCACAUCCAUUGUUCGCGCUGGACGUAGAGCAGGCGUUGUGCGCGCACGACAAGUACCCACAUCUCAGACUUGAACUGCUCUGGGAUCCCGUUCAUCGAGAUAGUAUAAUACGCGAGUGGGGCGAGGCGUGCGAGGUGCACGUGUCGGCGGCGGGCGCGGCGGCGCCGCUCACGCUGCACGCCUGCCUCGCGCACUACACGCGCGCAGAGCACCUCGCGCAGGAGGACGCCUGGCGAUGCCCACAAUGCCAAAGAUACAUGCCGGUUGUGAAAACGCUAGGCUUGUGGUCACUUCCAGAUAUCCUAGUAAUACAUCUAAAAAGAUUUCGGCAACAAGCUAAAGGCCGUACGAGUACAAAACUAACAACAAUGGUUGAAUUUCCUCUAAACGAUUUCGACAUGACUCCUCACUUGGUGCGCAGGAACACAACGAGCGUGGAAUCACCGGGAAACUCGAGAUCGCCGAGACGAAGGCAUUCUAAGACGAUUGCCAGCCCACAAGAGAAUAUCUACGACCUUUACGCGAUAUGCUAUCACCAUGGCGACGAUCUUGAAACCGGUCACUACACGGCGGCUUGCAAAAACCCAUACGACAACCAUUGGUACAAGUUCGACGAUUCUAGAGUCACGCCAGUCAGCGAUGAGAACGCACACUGCGAACUCGUCAACAACUCCGCGUACAUGCUCUUCUACAAGCGCAAGAAACCGAACGUCGUGCAUUCUUGCUCCACGGACGACAACGAACACUGGGCGCUGCGUAUGCCGAAGUAUGUGAAACCGGCGGGAGAACUGAACGAAAUUAGCGAGAUCAAAGAAGAAGUAGACGAUACAAAAUUAGAGGCUCCAAGUCUCGAUAAGGGAUCUGAAUCAGAUAUCAGCGUGCCCAAUCCCUCCCCAGCGAAGAGUAUAUCCACAAUAGAUACGAUAUCUACCUCCAACUCGCCCGUGAAGCAAAUCGUGAAGAGCACGACCAUAAUCCAGUCACCCACACUACAACGGCCGCUGAUAGUCGAAGUGAACGGACACGCAACGAACGAUGAACUGAGCGACUACGAAAACGAAAGCGGGCCCAUAGAGCCGUAUAUACACAAGGACGUGCACGUUAACCCUAAAAUGACGCCCGUGGAUACAAGACGACCGAGAUCUGUGGACUAUCCGAUACGAUCCAGCACUUCACCUUCCACCAGAGAUUCGAAUAGAAGCUUCGAGAGCUCGCCACUCGUUGCAAGUAUCAAUGAAGUGGAAUACCAUCCCACCACGGAAGACGUCAUGCUGUCUAUGUUCCAAGAGUCUAAAUAUAUUGUACCGCGACAUCAUAUAAAUGGAGAAUCUCACAGGACAGGUGAGUUCUUUAGUUAUCAUCAUGAAAUUAUAAAAAACCGUCUGUUUGGAAAACUCGAAUAUCAACGUGAGAACAGCUGAAUGGGAUCAGCGAGUGCCACACGAAUACUUAUGCUUUAUUUAUUGUACAACUGACCUUAGAUCUGAGGAUUCCGCAUAGUUGACAGAGCUAUGUUAUUGUAUGAAAUAGAUAUAUACUCAAUGUUGUGUUCCCGCGGUGGAAUAGGGUUGCUACUUAAAUAUAUUUCGAAACGUAUGUUAAACCACGUUUACACGAAACGAGCUUCCUAAAUAUAUUCUUCAUGAUGUAGUUUUUUUUUAUUAAUUACAUAACGAAACUUAUGAGUGUGCUAGUAAUAUUUUUAAGAGAUUUUACUUCAAUUUAAAUGAAAGCCUAAUGAGAACGCAAUAUUCGUUAUUGUUCGUUGCUUGCAUGUGUUAGUUUUUCAUAUGUAGUCGAUAAGGCUAAAUGUAUUUUGUGAAAUCAAAUAUAGAUAAACAGCGUAAGAAUAAAUGUUGUCAUUACAAUAUAAUAAUUGUGCCUUCGCUCUAGGGAAGUUGUGAUUUUAAAUAUACAACACCUCGACACAAUGUUAAGAUCUUUCAGUCAUAAUAUGUAUAUAUGAUAUACAAGUAACUUUUUUAAUUAGAUCGAGGUUUAUUUAUAGAGAUGUCUCAAUGUACUUGCAAAUACUUCGAUUGUGUAUAUAUGCUGACGUUGCAAAGAUUUGAUUUAAAAUGUAAAUACUGUGGCCUUUAUACAGUUUUACAAGUAAUUGGUCUUGUACCUAAUGAUAUUCUGGGUUGAAGCGUCGACUGUGUAAAUAUCCAAAUUCGCACUAGGUAAGUGGGGUAAGAUGUGAUGUUUUUAAGUAUAACAAAAAAUAUUUAAAAUUGACUUUUUUUUUAAAAGACAAUCGAGAUAAGGGUAAUAUAAAUAAUGUAUGUUGUAAUGCGAGUGUGCAUUGAGCGUUACGGCAAUGUUCCACAUGACCUGCACAUGAAUGGUAAUUAACAUUAUUUCUUUAACCAUAUUACUCUAAUUAGUGCAGUUAAACGGUUCUAAAAUAUAAACAAAUUAACAAGUUGCGAUUAUAUUUCUUUAUGAUUGAA